AUGUUUGCGGAGUUCGCCUCGGUGAUUCCCUUUCCGGCAGCUGUGGCUUGCGGCAUAGUUGUCCUGUCUGUCCAUGCCGCUUUGGCGGACUGGGAUUUGAAGGGCUUGUCGAUGGCCUGGUUGAGCUGGAUUGAGAAAGGGGCGGAGAAGUUGAAGAAGCCAGACUUGCAGGAGCAGCGCAUGGAAGAUGCCCUGCAGAAGAUGAUGAUGGAACACUACAAGAGAGCCAUUCGGUACCUGGCACACUUCCUGGCCGUCGUAGUACUGUGUCUCUUGUACCCCAUGCAGCAGCCGGACUUUGUCGCUGUAGUCCAGUUUGUGGCGGUCUUAGUGCAUUAUGUCUGCUGCUGGUGGGUGGUGAGAUCGCACGUCACCUUCAACACACUUCGGCUGCUAACGGUGCUCUCACAUUUUCUUGUUGACACCUUCUUUGUCGUCACCAUACACUAUUCAGAUGAAGCGGACUACAACCUUCUCGCGGUUGUCUCGGCGGCCUUGCGCGUGUGUGGGGCUGCUGUCUUUCACGAUCCGCCUGUGUUCAUCCCAUGUCAGGCUUGGGUCUUUGUGGUGGAAGUUGCAUGCUACUUCGGACUGGAAGGGGCACGCCGCGGUCCUCCUUUGCACUUCCUCUGUGGUCAGGCUGUCAUCCUGGCCUUGGUUUGUGGAGUCGCAAUGAUGGUCCAGGAGUGGGCGCGAACUUGCAUCAAAGCGUCAUUCCAGUCAGCCGACGCUAAUCUCUGUUUGGAAGGCUUCCAGCGAGUUUUGCGAGGCGUUUGCGAUGCAGACGUGCUGCUCGAUGAUAGUUUCAAUUUCGUCGGGGACAACACUCGCUUGAGACGCGUCCUAGCGACGCCCACUGAUCUUCAAGGCGUUAAGUUUACAGACCUGCUCGAUCAGGAGGGAAGAACACAGUUCGAGAAGUUCGUCCGGAAGUCAUGCAACGCAAGCCAAAACCCGGAAGAGAGGGAGGAGCAGGAGAAAAGCUGCAGCAUCCCGCCCUGCCUGCGCAUCUCACUGCCAAGUGCGUAUUCGCGGGUUGGUGUGGACAUUUUCCAUGUUCUCGUGCCGCGCUUUUUGGAUGCUGCAGGACCCCUUCACCUUCUAGCCAUCACGGAAGAUCCGGAUACCAGGCUGCAGCCGGAAGCAACUCUUGGAGCGAUUCCAGAAGCACUCUCCAUGUACUCCGAAGACGACAACGAUGGCACGUCCACGGUUGCAGAGUCGGAGGGUGGCUACUCAAAACAAAGUCUGAGCAGUUCGAUGCUGUGCAGGGUACAUCCCGUUCCCGAACUGCGUGAACUUACGAUGCUCGUGGAUGCUAGUACGGACCAGCAGGAUGUGCUGCAAGUACACGCCAAGUUCAAGCGUGACAAGAACCUGCCCAAUGACAUUCACUCGUGCAUGCCAUGCUUGCAGACCAUGCUCAGACCGUCGGAUUGGCUCGGCAUCCGUAUGCGCGUGGCGAAGUUUGCGCACGAACAGUGCCAGGUUGGUUCUCCAGACACACAUGAGCUGCCGUCCGUGAUGCUUCGCAGGUUGGAUGACCAGAACAAGUUCCUUGCGGCUAACACGGUCAACCUCGCCCCGUGUCGCGGCCAGGAAUCAUCGAAGAAGUCUUCGUUGGUUUGGGUCUACGUCCGAGAUUUCGUGAAUGACGAGGCCAAAUUCCGAAUGCAGCCGGGUAAUGCCGAUCUGGAUGCUUCGCCCCUGCUCCCUACCGACGUCGCAGAGGCAGUCUGGCCCUGCACAGCCGGCAAAGCGGAAGGGGACCGCGCAAAGAUUCCGGAAGCCGCCUGGUGGUUGUCGCUUCGAGUCGUCCGGCAAGCCUGGCAGCUGUCUCCGUCCGCCCCUGCUCCCGACAUUCAAGAAGCGGGGCCGCUGGCCGAGGCAGACCCGCUCGUGGUGCAAGGGCGUGCUCUACUGGAUGCAGAUCGGAUGAAGGCGAUCCUGUUUAUUCCAUCCGAGUCUGGGCUCUUGCAUGGCCCUGCCGUUUGCUGCCAGCUGGUCCUGGGCCAAGAGGUGGCGGUUGGGAUGGAUGCGAAGCCACCGAUCCGCCUUCCUUUGGUGCAUCCUGCCGAGGCGUUUCGGGAGGCCUUGUGCUGGGAGCGCUUCCUCCGAUGGCUUGGGGCAGAGGAGCCGGCCUUGCCCAGACAGGAGGCGGUAAAGGUCACGGCGAAGCUACUGGAUCCGGACUGGUGGCUCUUGGUGGAGGCCGCUGCCAGCUCACAACUACCCUGGCUGCUGUCACGAUUGCAGAGCUUGCCACCGCUCCCGUUUGAUGAGGAGGGCUGCUGGGAGCUCUCGCAGUGUCUCUCUGCCGACUUCGCCCCCUUCCUGCUGGGCGUGCAACUGCUCACAAAGAAGCAGCCAUCGUCGGCAACACCGCCGCUUUGCACAGCGAAGGGUGCCGAGUUCCCACCUGUUUCGCGGCGCUGCUUGAGCUCGCUCGGCGUGACUUUGGACGUCGAUGCAAAGUCUUUGUCUGAAAGGUGUCUCGAGCCGAUGUUGGAGGCAGCCGGAGAGAAGCUCUCGGUGCCUGUUGCCAACUUCCGUCGAGUCUACGCAGCCUUUCGAGCGCAGCGGGACUGGCGGGAGGAAUGGUGCGCAUCCUUACGGUCCAGGAUUUUCGUGCCAGACGUCGGCGUCCGGGAUGCGGAGAGCUGCGUCUACCUCCCACCAAACCUGGACGGCAUGGGUGAGCUGCUGGGGCGGGUAAACUUGCAGCCGCUGUACCACGGCCUCCGGGACUUCUUCGUGGACUCACUCGGUGUAUCCGACUCCCUGUCGGCUCAGGACUGCUUGUCUGCUUUGCAGACGCUCCAAAUGCGCGAUGCAGGCUCUCUGACUCAGUCUCCGAUGGUUUCUGGCUUGUUCACCGCUCUGAUGGACAUGGGCAAGAAAGAGAGCAUAAAGGCAGAGAUCCAGAAGGGUAUGCUGAUACCUGUGCCGCACCGUGAUGGAUCGGGGCUCCGCUGGCUUCCAGCUCAAAGCUGCAUGCUCCUGCCUCAGCCAAGCCAGGCAGAUCCGAAGAGCUACGUUGGAAAAACCGUGUGGCAUGUUCAUUUGGAGGGCGGCGGCUACUGCUACGACCAGGAAAGCUGCGAGUCACCAGCCCACAGCGAUUUCCUGGAGUCCAUGCAAAAGCGCAGCAGACAGAUCUGGAAGGGCGGAAUUUUCGCACGAGGUCUGGGGGCGACUCCCUUCCUCGCCACAGCUGCUCAUGCCUACAUCGGGUACUGCAGUUCGGACUCGUGGAUGGGCAAUACUUCGCGAACAUGGCGCGGUCAUACCUGGUACUUUGAGGGCGCCCACAUCUUGGCGACUGCCGUCUCCACCCUGCUGGAGCAGCACGGCAUGAAGAACGCUGCACUGGUGCUCUUCAGCGGCUGCAGUGCCGGUGGUCGAGGCAUGGUUUACAACUUGGACGGCUUGUGCCGCCUUGUCCGUGCCUCUGUGCCCAAAGCGGCCUGCGCGGGAUUGGGAGAUGCUGCCUGGUGGGUGGACAGUGUGUCAGUGCCACCAGCUUCUCCAGCAGGUGCGGAGAUUGUUUGGGAGUCCCGCCUGCGCCGUGUCACGCUCCUGGGGAGCCAACUCUGGGGAGGCUCCAGUCUCUCCGAGUCCGUUGAGAACUGCCGGAGCCAAAGAGGCUGGCAUCCGGGCGCCGAAUUCGUCGAAGGAGCCGAGAUCGGGCCGGGAUCUCCAAACAUUAGUAGUUUCGACCCAUGCAUGUUCGGGCCCGUGCUGUCCAGCUUUGUGGAGUCCCCCCUCCUCCUGUCCAUGCAGCUGAACGACUGGUUCCAGUUCGAGCACCUGGCUAAAGACCUGCACAGCAUCUUCUUUGGAGGUCCACUGGGCGGACCAGUAAGCAGACUGGACAUGACAGUCAUAGGCUCUCUGCGAUCAGAGCUGAUGCAGACUCUCCGGAUUGGUACGGAGAUGAGCCAGGAAAAGCUACGCCUGGUAUUCGCCUCUGCUUGCUACGGGCACUGUAUCUCUGAAGGGGACAGCUACUACACCGUCCGGCUCAAGGAGGGUCCUGGCAGAGGUCUAUCCCUCAACGACACCACCACGAUGUUCCUCCAAGCACUCCUUGGCUGGGAGCACGUGACUUCCCAGGCCUUCAUUGAACAGGACCAGUGCGGCACCCUGAGCUGCAGCAGCGGCUGCACGCCGCGGAGGCUCUGGAAGACCAUUCUGACAAUGCUGGCGAAGUAUGCCGUCCUUCCCUUCUUGGUCAUCUGCAUUGUUCUGCGGCUGUGUCGCACAAGCUCUGCCAAGGUCGACAGUGGGAAUAGUCGUAGCUCGCCACGCCAUGUGGCAGAUGGCAGGCGGUAG